GGCGCGCGCGCAGCUUUUAGGCUACUUGUUCAGUGUAACAGACAGUACUGAAUUGCGAAAAUCAUCGUAUAAUUUAUUCGUCAACCUAUGAACAUAUUUACGAGUACUGUGCAACAUUAAGUACCUAUAGCAUUAUAACGUAGUGCCUACCUAGUUCAUAUGAAAAGGCGAUUAUAGUCAUUUUCAUGACUGAUUGUGUGCAAUCCUAAUAACACCUAGUGAAUAUCGAUACGUGAAUAUUUGUGAUACUUUAUUUUUAUUUUAUUAUUAAUUACUAAUAUACAUAGAUACCUACCUACCGUUUAAAAAGUGUCCUAUCUGUGAAUUAUUUAUUAAUGUGAUAAAUAAUAUUAUUAGAAUAAUCGUAAUAACUUUUUGGCCAAUGAUGAAACUUUCACAGAUAAGGGUGUUCAAAAUUGAAUUUUCCGUUAAAAUUAUUUAAUGGAUUUGUUUGGGAAUAUGAUGUUUUUGCCUGCGCUAUGAGUUAGUCGACCAGAUGGCGCAAGCGUGGCCAGGAUGACGUAGAACAUGCCACGUCGCAAGCGCAGGCUAGCUUCGCGCAUUCGCAACUACGUGAGAAGCCUACUCGCUUUCCUUUUCUCCAACGUGGGAAUUAUUGUACUGGUCGUCGCUUAUACUAUCGCUGGUGCUUUCAUGUUUCAAGCAAUAGAAGAUGCAAGCGAGAUCGAGCGAGUGAACAAUAUGUCGCGGGAAAGAGACAGCACGGCCCAAUAUCUGUGGCAAAACGUUACGUUAACCCUCAAUUUGUUUAACGAGACUGCUCUAAAGGAAAGCAUAAGCAUCGAACUGAAGAGCUAUCAAGGAAAAAUCGUAAAGGCAGUGCGUCGUGGUUGGGACGGUGGACGCUCGGCGAGGCAGUGGAGUUUCUCCUCCGCCUUCUUGUACUCUCUUACUGUGAUUACUACUAUAGGUUAUGGUCACCUCAGCCCUCGAACCAGCUGGGGAAAAAUUAUGACCGUCUUCUACGCUCUUCUGGGAAUGCCCCUCUUUUUGUUGUACCUCAGCAAUGUUGGUGAGCUCUUGGCAAGUUGGUUCAAAUGCAUAUAUGCUCUAGUAUGCUUGUGCAGAGGCUGCCCUGGCUUUACAAGAAGACGUGUCGUCCAUAUUCGAACUCAGUAUGAAACUAGCGAGGCGGAGAGUAUAGAGAGACCGAGAGAGUGGAGAGAAGACUGCACAGAGUCUGAUGUCACCCCCAAUUACAGAAUACCACCCCGCCCUCCAGACCCGAGAAGAGGCUACAUGAGAAGUAUAUCCAUGCCCCAGCCGUAUUCCCCUCGCACGCGUCCGGAAGUCCGCGGCUGGUCAGCUCCCGUCCAUCAGGACAGCCCUGCCCUGAGUGACUUCAGCUACGUCACCUUUGACGCUCAAACCAUCACCGUACCUAUUAGCGUGUGCGUUGCUAUUAUGGUUGGGUACAUCAUGUUCGGGUCUAUGAUCUUUGGCCUUUGGGAGAAGUGGGAUAAAUUGGAUGGCGCCUAUUUUUGCUUUAUAUCACUAAGCAGUAUCGGUUUCGGCGACUUCGUGCCGGGUGAACGAGUGUACACGCCGCGAAUAGAGACCUCAUUCAUAGUGUGCUCACUCUACCUCAUGCUGGGUAUGGCACUGGUCGCCAUGUGUUUCAAUCUCAUGCAGGAGCAAGUUAUACACUACUACGCUGGUCUCAAGAGGGCUUUGAGACGCAUUUGCCGCUGUAAAAGAUGACGAUGUUGACUCUCUACAAAUUGUAUAUAACUAGCAAUUACUUAGCUUAUAGUUAGAGCACUUUGAGACUUUGUACUGCCGACUGAACAUCUCGGACAUGCAGUUUCUGUGAACAAUUUCAUAAGUCGGAUACUUACUGACUUCUAAGGCAGUAGGUAUAAAUGUUUAUUAAAGGUGUAAUAAUUAUUAUUACUGUUGUUUAAUUAG